GAGAAAAUUCAGAUUUUCAGGUAAAAGUGCACUCACUCACAUAGAGCAAUCAAAAAAACAUAACAAAAGGAUUGGAUUAGUUGAGAAGUUCCCAUAUUAGGGUUUGUGUCCUGUUUUCUUCUUCUGCACAAAACCACAUGCCCUGGGGGAGAAACCCCGGCAAUGGAUGAAGGCGAGGGAGGGUACGGUGAGAGCGGCGAUCCCAUGGAUCAGUUUCACCGUAACGAAGCUAUAUCCGCCGUCGCCGACGAUGGUUUCAUGGCAGAGGAAGAUGAUGAUUAUGAAGAUCUUUACAACGAUGUCAACAUUGGAGAGGGUUUCCUUCAAUCAUUGCGCAAAAACGAGGAUUCGGGGUUCCGAAACGAUGAUGUUGAGGACAAGAAGCCCCCGCCGCCCCCUCCAGUUUCUGAUGCUCCCGGGGUUUCGGUUUCGGGUGUCGGUGACGGGGGAGAGGGUGUCGGAGGUGGCGGAAGUGGGAUUGUAGAGUCUAGGGUUUCGGCGAGAGUUGAUGGAUUUCAGAAUCAGGGGUUUAGAGGGAACGAGGUGGGUGCCAAAGGUGGGAUCAGGGUUGAAUUGGGGCACCAAACUGUGAAAUCUGAUAUUGAGGAACAGGGUGGUAAUGAAGGGGCUGCACUUCCGGGGAUUGAGCAGCAGUCGCAUGGCGGGGUUGUUGGGAAUGUUGGAAAUGAGGGUUUAGCGAGACAAGGUCAAGGUGGGGGAGGAGGGGGGAGUGCUAAUAGGGUGGGUGGAAAUGGUGUUGGGAACAGUGUGAGCGCUGUUAAUAGUGUUAGUACCGGAGGAGUUGGAGGUGGUGGCGGUGGUAGUGGUGCUUCCGGUGGUACUAUAUUGUUUGUUGGUGAUUUGCAUUGGUGGACUACUGAUGCUGAGCUGGAAACUGAGCUUAGUAAGUAUGGGCCUGUUAAGGAGGUGAAGUUUUUCGAUGAGAAGGCUAGCGGGAAGUCAAAGGGCUAUUGCCAAGUUGAGUUUUUUGACCCUUCUGCUGCCACAAAUUGCAAGGAGGGAAUGAAUGGUCAUGUUUUUAAUGGGAGACCAUGUGUUGUUGCUUUUGCGUCACCUUUUACAGUUAAGAAAAUGGGGGAGGCUCAGAUAAACAGGAAUCAGCAGAUGAACCCAUCUGCAGUUACACAACAGGGAAGGAGGGGGCCUUCUGAUUCAGGGGCUAAGCCUGGUGGGGGUAAUAUUUCUACCGGUGGUAAUUACCAAGGAGGAGACGGGAAUAGAGGUUAUGGGAGAGGAGGUAAUUGGGGAAGAGGGAACAAUCCUGGUAUGGGGAAUAGGGGGCCGGUGAAUCCAAUGAGGAAUAGGGGUGGGAUGGGUGGUAGAGGUAUAAUGGGUCAUGGUGGAAAUGGUUUUGGACAGGGUAUUGGUGGUACCCCUCCACUGUUGCAUCCUCAGUCAAUGAUGAGUCAGGGUUUUGAUCCUGCUUUUGGUGGUCCCAUGGGUAGAAUGGGUAGCUAUGGAGGCUUUCCUGGUGCUCCAACGCCUCCAUUUUCUGGGAUCUUACCAUCAUUCCCUGGUGUUGGAGGUGUUGGUUUGCCUGGAGUGGCACCUCAUGUUAAUCCUGCAUUCUUUGGAAGGGGGAUGCCAGUUAACGGUAUGGGGAUGAUGCCUACAUCAGGCAUGGAUGGUCCUAAUAUGGGGAUGUGGUCAGAUCCAAAUAUGGGUGGAUGGGGUGGGGAAGAGCCUGGUGGUGGGAAGGCUGGAGAGUCAAGUUAUGGGGAGGAAGCUGCAUCUGACCAUCAGUAUGGUGAAGUGAGUCAUGAUAGAGCUGGGUGGCCUAUGAGGGAGAAAGAUAGAGGUUCAGAAAGAGACUGGUCUGGUUCUUCUGAGAGAAGGUAUAGGGAUGAUAGAGAUCAAGGAUAUGAGAGAGAUGCACCUAGAGAGAAAGAUAUGGGCCAUGAUCCUGAGUGGUCUGAAAGAAGNCAUCGUGAUGAUAGAGAAACUGGCCGAGAACGGUCGCGUGACCGUGAUCGUGAACGAUCGCGUGACCGUGAAAGGGAUCAUCGUGAACGUGACAGACACCGGGAAGAUAGGGACCGGUAUGCAGAUCAUCAUAGGUACAGAGACCGGGAGGCGGAGCAUGAUGAUGAGUGGGAUAGGGGACGAUCAUCAAGGACUCACAGCAAGUCGCGGUUAUCACAAGAGGAGGAGCACCAUUCAAGGCCAAGAGAUGCUGAUUAUGGGAAGAGGCGAAGGCUUACUUCUGAAUAACUUUAUAUACUGUGCUUGUUGUUUCCUCGAAGGCAUUCCACUACAGAAGAAAACAAAGUAAUUGAGUAGUCUGGAUUUUGUCAUUUGCUUGAAUUCUCUGGGGCCUGGAAGUUGUUGAAUAGCUGUUUUAUUUCAAUCACUUGUCAUAAUUGCUCCUUGGUUGGAGCAGGGUUUCUUCCUUUUGUGAGAAAGUUGGACCAGGUGAAUGUUUGAAUAUGGAUGCUGGAUGAAAUGAAAAUAUAUGUUGUCUGCUAAGCACUUGUUUGUCAUGAAGACAACUGUUCAUUCAAAGUCUGGGCUGUAUCAGGCGGCUUCAAUGUUGAAGAUUCGAGUCAUGACCUUUUCCUACAUUCAGAAGGGGAACUUUUGCUAUGAAGUAUUAGCUUUUGAUUUGAAUUUGUUUCAGUUAUUAGCACAUGAUUACUUAAACCAUCGAUGUUGAUGUAAUGGGUUUAUCUUCCUGAAGUCUGAAAUGUGGCAGAUUAUUUAGAACUUAUUGUUUGAAAUGUGUACUUUAGGAUUUAGCAGAGGAUGUUGAUAAUGUGCCCUUUCUUAUUGGCUGGCUGUUGUAUCAUUCUUUUUUUUCAUCUUUUGGCUGGCUGUUGUAUUUUUUUUUUUCAUACUUUUUUGUUGUUUUCUCCCUCACUUUUUAGCAUAGCUGUGUAGAGUACAAAUAUGGUUUAUGAUGUAGAGAGCUAACCAUUUGAUCGCUGUAAUCAUUCAAAGCAGGAGAAAUGUACAUGCUUUGAUGUAUAUAUGGAUAUUAACUUCAAUGAUAAAGGUCGAAUACACCUCCUGUCUUGUUUUA